CAUUUUUGUUCAAGUUAAUCCAGGUGAAACUUUUACCAUAAGGGGUGAAGAUGGAACUCUUCAGUGCAUUCAAGGACCUGCAGAGGUACCCAUGAUGUCCCCCAAUGGAUCUAUUCCUCCCAUACACGUGCCUCCAGGUUAUAUAUCACAGGUAUUAGAAGACAGCACAGGCGUUCGGAGGGUGGUUGUCACACCCCAGUCUCCAGAGUGCUAUCCUGCUAGCUAUCCUUCUGCCAUUUCUCCAACGCACCACCUACCACCAUACCUCACUCAUCAUCCUCAUUUCAUUCAUAACUCUCAUACAGCUUUCUACCCGCCUGUUACUGGGCCUGGAGAUAUACCACCUCAGUUUUUUCCUCAGCAUCAUCUUCCGCCUACCAUUUAUGGAGAGCAAGAAAUCAUAUAUGGAAUGUCAAGUUUCAUAAACAGGGAAGAUCAGUACAACAAACCGCAGCACAAAAAAAUCAAAGACAGGCAGAUCGAUCGCCAGAACCGCUUGAACAGCCCUCCAGCCAUCUACAAGAGCCAUCCAGCGUGUACGACGGUCUACAACGGUACCCUCAAGACUCAAAACGGGGCCACCAAUGGGGCAGGAGGCAUCGGAGGCAUCAGUGGAGGGGGGAUGCCAGUCAUCAAAAAGGCAGAACGCAGAGCAAGAAGCAGCCCCAAGACCAACGAACAGGAUUUGCAUGAAUGUGACACAGAAACAAAGAAGGUGCAAGAAGUGCUCUCUGGGAUUGAGAAACCACAGGUGUCAAACAUUCAAGCUAGAACAGUUUCGCUCACUUGGUCUCCUCCAAAUGGUCUUUCAAGUGAAGAUAGACUCAGCAAUGGUUUGCCUUAUACUUGUACUUACGAAGUUGCCUUAUCAGACAAAGGGAGGGAUGGAAAAUACAAAACAAUCUACAGUGGAGAAGAAUUGGAAUACAAACUGAAAGAUCUUAGGCCUGCAACAGAAUAUCAUGUCAGGAUACACGCUAUGUACAAUUCCGUGAAAGGAUCUUGCUCAGAACCCAUCAGUUUCAUCACCCGUAGCUGUGCUCCAGAAUGUCCUUUUCCACCAAGGCCUUCACACAGGACCAAAAAUUCAUUGACUUUACAGUGGAAG